AUGGCGCCAGACGAGUACGCCACUGGCGGGGGCGGGAAGCUCAAGUUGAAGGGGAGCAAAGUGAGUGAUGGGCGGGUGGAGAAGAAGAAGAAGAAGAAGGGGAGCAAGAAGAAGGAUGAUGUGAAGCCUACAGAGGGAGAGGAAUCGGGGUCCGGGGUUCCAGAUGAUCGGAGUGAGGACCGAGCCAAGAGCGAAGAUAAGGAUUCUUUGAGUGAUGCGAGGUCCGGGUCUGUGGGCAAGACGGAGACGGAGAGGAAGCACGAGGAGCUGCGCAAGAAGAGGAUGCAUGAGCGACUCCAGCGAGAGGGUGUUAAGACACAUAAAGAGCGUGUGGAGGAGCUCAAUAAGUAUCUCAGCCGACUGAGUGAGCAUCACGAUAUGCCAAAGAUUGGACCAGGCUAG